AUGCUUCGGUCUUUGAGGAAUAAACGUUCAUUGACUGAUAAAAUUGGUUCUAAUAAGGUUGAAAAUAAUGAGCUAGUUGUCAAAAAGAGAAAACAUUUGACAAUAAAAUCUGAUACUAAUGAAAUAACUUCAGAUUCUAAUUGGAAGCCACCAAAUUGGGAACAGACAUUAGAUAAUAUAAGAAAAAUGCGUAAAGAAACUGUUGCACCUGUAGACAAUAUGGGAUGUGAUCAAGCUGCAGACCGAAAUGAACCACCAGAAGUGGUUAGAUUUCAUGUACUAAUUUCAUUGAUGUUAUCAAGUCAAACAAAAGAUGAAGUUAAUUUUGCAGCUAUGCAACGUUUAAAACAGCAUGGCUUGACUGUUGAUAAAAUUUUAGAAAUGUCAGACGAUCAUUUAGGAAAACUCAUUUAUCCUGUUGGAUUUUGGAAGACAAAAGUUCAGUACAUCAAACGCACAACUCGUAUAUUAAAGGAUACAUAUAAUGGGGACAUACCAAACACGAUAAAAGACCUAUGUCAGUUGCCUGGUAUAGGACCUAAAAUGGCUCAUCUCUGUAUGAGUUGUGCCUGGAAUGAAGUUACUGGAAUUGGAGUGGACACUCAUGUGCACAGAAUAAGUAAUCGUUUGGGAUGGGUAAAGAAAGCUACCAAGACACCAGAAAACACACGUAUUGCUUUAGAAUCUUGGUUACCCAAAGACCUUUGGCGUGAAGUUAAUCACAUGUUGGUCGGAUUUGGACAGACAAUAUGCCGACCCAUAGGUCCUCAUUGUGAUACUUGUUUGAACAAAAAAACUUGCCCUUCUGCUGUAUCAAAUAGCACAACAAUAAAAAAAAAAUAA